AUGUCCUGGGAGCAGGCCCGCUCGGGGUGCUGGCACUGUUCCUUAAACAGGGGCAAAUGCCACCCCGACUGUCCUCAUACAAAAAAGGGGGAAGUGAUUCACGAGACUCGGAAGCGGGAGGCGGAAGCCCUACCCCCGGGAAACCCCAGCCCCCCCAAGAAACAGAAGACCCCGCUGGUGGCCCCGCCGCUGACUGAAGCUGACGCGAUCGUCGAGCAAAAACUUGCCCGCGAGAAGAACAUUGAGGAUCUAUCUACAGAGAUCGUAUCACUCCGGCUGUUUAGCCUCCACCCCAAAGCAUUCGUCGCCUUCAUCCCCGACUUCAAGCCCCAGAAGGAUGGGACGUUUCGACUGAUCAUACCCAAGGCCACCCACCCCCCAAAGUUCCCCAGACCGGCGCUCAAACCCCCCAUCAUCCCCAAGGAUCAGUUCACCAGCGCGGGUUGCCUGGUGCUCGACAAAGGUUUGAAAGGGUUCUGGGCCAUCCGACACAACAAGGAGAGGUGGGUCAUGUGCGCCAAGAGGGGCGAGGACUAUGUCUGCCAGGAAGACCCAAGCAACCCAAAGUGCUGGCACGCCUUUCAAAUCAUGGGAAAGCCCUUCGUGCCUCCGGACAUCACCACCAAACGUCGUUACAAGGGGAAGCCAGCCAUCGAGUGGGCUGACGUCCCCCUCAAAACUCCGGUACCUCCCAAGGAUAAGGACGUGUUUGCCAUGGUCUGCUCCGAGUGUCGCUCAUUGUACGCGCACACAAGGACGAUCGAGGCAAAGGAGUUCAAGGGCUGCACCCACACUGGCAGAGCCGUGCACGUCUGCACACCUUCCUGUCAGCGCUACUCCUGCUCCAAACUCCCCCCAAAGAAGGCCGAGGUCAUCGACGACGACGAGGUUCUUGUCGCCACCUCCCGAGCCAAGGAGAUGCUCGACCUAUCCACCAAGGGCUUCUUCAGCCAGGAUCCUCCAGUGUCAAAGGAAUUGCCCUGCGGUUUUCACUGGCGUCGGAAGACAGUGAAGGCGUCUGUCUACAAUGACACGGACAUCGUUCACGUGGAGGUCUGCGUCUGGUACUGCACGAGAGCGUCGGAUCUGAACCAAUGCUGCACCCUUCGACGUGAGGUGAACGAGCUCUACUAUCAGGCGCCAUCAGAGAUGCGCGGCAGCCACUUCAGGGUGUUCACGGACGUGACCAGCAUGCUCUACCAAGGGGCCACCUUCCAGGCGAUCGAGACUCUGGCAGAGAAAAACGCCGAGUACAGACAGGUCCCGCCCUUGGGUCGUGGGCGAUUGAAGAACUUCUACCAGAGUCACCUCUAUAGGGUCCUCGCCGCCGCAGACCGGCCUGAAAUUCCUGCCCAGCCUGCCGCCAACCUGUGGAACCCUGCCAUCCGAGAGCUGUUGCGUGAGGUGCCCGUCCUCGCGUCCGAGCCCGCUGAUCCGAAGACCCUGAUCGAUCGGACCGUGUGGAGGCUGUUCUCUGAGGACCAACAGUGGUGGCGUGGGCGUGUCUAUGGCUAUACAACGCACACCAAAGCCUUGGAGCUGUGGCCCAUGUACAAGGUGGUGUACUCCUCGGCUCCCCCAAGGUUGACAAACUCAGGACGAAAGGUGGAGGACAAAGCAAGCAAGUAUGACGAGAUGAGGUGGGCGGACCUGAAGCACCGACUGAAUCCUCCAGAGGCGAAAUUCACUGGUGACGACUUUGACGAGUACUGGGGGCCCCGCGGACGGGACUGGUCCCCCUGGGCGGACACGCCUCCCCUGCCCGUGCCACCCCCCUUGUCCCCCACAAACGAUCCCCAGGAGCAGCAGCCGUGGCCGGUGUGCCCUGAUUGCGGGGAGCAUCCAGAGGCCCUCUACAUUGAUUGCAGAGAGGCUCACAUGGUGCACCGGUUCAAAGAUCCUGUUUUGAAGACCCCUGUGAAGCUUCUACCCAUCACCUACCCCUUCCCCGAGCGGGUGGUGACCCCUGACGUCCAUAAUGAUCACGACGAGCGGAAGACCACCCUCAAGGGUGCUGUGAAGGUUGUGGAGAACGCCACCGUGAGAGGACUGUUGAAGCGGUGGAGCGGUCACGUCCCUGUCUCGAAGACCUACGUAGGAAAAGAACUCCAGACCAAAUCGGCACCGCCGCCUGCCCCUCUAAAGGCGGACGAAUUGCAGGAACUGAGCAACCUUCCCUCGUGCGUUUGGACCCUCAUCGAGCAUAUCGGUGGAACCGACAAGCCCGCCUGCUCCAACCCUGACUAUGCACCGCUCUUCUACCACCUUGGCUACAUCCACAGCGACCGAGUCCUCCUCCCAUACGGCGCUCAGGACAUCAUCGUGCAGCUUUUGGUGGCCCUCAAAUUGGCCCGGCGCCUGGAGUUCAUCGAGAUCAGUGUCGAAUGGGACCGGGUCCUCCACGUCCACGCGCCGUCCUUGCGGCUCGUCUUGUUGAGCGCAAGAGGGGGCAACCAGCAGAAGACGGGGUUCCAGCUGACGGACACCGGUCCGUCCAACGGCCUUGCACGGCGAGGCACGGGUUACAAGGUGACCGUCCAGACGCUGAAGGCCCUUGCCCCACUUCUCCAGUGCCUCCUUCAUCUCUCUUUUGAGGUCAAGGACUACAUCGCCUGCCACCAAGCGUCCGCGAUGCUCUGCGAAGCCCUAGGCGUCACCGUGGGGGAGAUUUGGCUGGACGGGAGUGGGGACGUGCAGCCUGUGACCGUAGCCGAUGCGCAGAGGCUCGUAGGCGUCAUUCGGGAGCUCAUGUAUGGCCCGUGCCGGGGAACUACAGAGGGGGUGCUGGCCGGGGAGGCUUACGUGGCCAAUCAGCAGAGGCUGAGUUCCAGCAAUGUCUACCACCGGGUGUACCGGGACGUUCCCCAGUUUGCAGGACGAGAUGACGAAGCGGAGAAGAAGGUGGCAAACAUGGUGAAGCGGGCAAAGGCGAAAGAGGAUGCAAAGCGCUGGCCGGAGUUCUUUGCCGAGACCACGUUCCUGACGGACCGCUUUCACCAGGUCAAUCACCUGUGCUCUGACGAGUUCAAGUACAACACACAUGGCCUGAAGGGCCGCGAGGAGUUCCUUGGACCGGAUAACUCCUCUGUUUCCGAGCAGAUCAACAAACUCAUGAUGAUAUUCGACAAAACACAGCAGAGGGCGACCAUCAACACAGGGAUGCUGGUUUACAACUCCUACAUUCUGGAGCACAACACAAACCUUGUGAACAAGUGGCCGAAGAAGAAAGCGAUGCAGGGGUGGUGGAACUUGGGGAGGAGGCUCGAGACCAGUCCGCUCACGUCGGCACAUACCAGUCCGCUCACGUCGGCACAUACCAGUCCGCUCACGUCGGCACAGACCAGUUCCCAGAUUGGUCCGCUCCCCUGGCAUCGUUCGGCACAACUCCCGAACCCUCAGCCCCGCUCGCACUUUGCCCCCAACAGCAUCCACACGUGGUUGUCCUCCAAAAUCUUUAGCCCCAAGGACAAGAACAAGGACAACAAGAACAACACGUACCCAGCCGAUCCGAUGGAUCUGCCGCCCGCCCCGAACGUUAACAACGUGACUGGCAACGAGCACGUGCUUGCAACCGACACGACAUUCAUUGGUCCGGACUGGCUCGAAGAGGACCGUCCUUCGGACGAGGAGCUGCACAAGUACAGGUACUUGGAAAGCGAGCGCCGACGGAACGGUACGGUCCCCAGAGCGUAUCACGAGAACGCAAUCAGGGGAAUGCGCUCGGGGCACACGCGAGGCAGGAAUCCGAUUACGCGACAGCGGUUCGACGGUGGAAAUGUUCGACGCUUUCGUCCCCCUGCCCCCUCUGCGCUGACUCCUCGGAACAUCAACAACGUGCUUGGCAACGGGCACGUGCUUGCUGAAGACACAGUCUUCAUUGGUGGAGACUGGAUUGACGAAGAUCGCCCCUCAAAUGAGGAACUUCACAGGUACAGGUACCUGGAGAGCGAGCGCCGUCAGAACGGUACGGUUCCCAGAGCAUAUCACGAGGACGCCAUCAGAGCAAUGCGCUCGGGCAACACCCAAGGGCAGAAUCCCAUGUCGCAGCGGUCAUUCAGCAGCGGGAAUGUCCGGCGCUUUCCUCCGGGAGGCAGAAAUCAGAAGGUCCCCAACUUGCUCACAGGGAACGGGAAUCAUCCGGACCUGAUUAACUUCUCUUCUUCCAAAAACCAAACGGUCCCCAACUUGCUCACAGGGAAUGGAAAUCGCCCGAACAUGAUCAACUUCUCGAAUCGGAAGGUCCGCAACUUGCUCACAGGGAAUGGAAAUCGCCCGAACAUGAUCAACUUCUCCAAUCAGAAGGUCUCCAACUUGCUCACAGGAAAUGGAAAUCGCCCGAACAUGAUCAACUUCUCCAAUCAGAAGUCAAAGGAUAUGCGGACAUAUCUGAAACCUCUCGUCAUCGAGGAUGGGACGCUGGAGCGCUUGGAUACAGCUUUUGGUGCUGAAGUUGUGCGCACCUUAGCAGACAUUGCCGAGACUGCAGCGCGCAUCAACAAGGAGUACAUUCAUCUGGAUUGGGACAAAGAGUGCCUUUACUUUCAGCGGGGAGUCUAUUUCACUCAGGUGGCGAGGGAUCUGCGGAGCCUGACUCUCUGCUAUCCCUCGUUUGGUGCUAUGCCAGCCCUUGCGAAAGAGUACUUCAGAAAGCUUCUGGAUGAACAGCAGGACCUUUAUGAGAGGAUCUAUAAGUUGGAAGAACCGGAUAUAGGUCCUGGUGAUCAGUCCGCACGCCUGAGCGUUGAAGAGCCGUCUGAUGUACAGAAGGGGCAGAAGACCUCAGGUCCCAUGAUUCUUGCGCAUCUGAGCGAGCAGGGAAUGGUAAGAGAAGUGAAGGAUGAGGUUGCCACUUCCGAGUGGACCACCUAUGAGGUGGCAUACCUCCUGGAUCUCUUUGGAGGCGAUGAAACAGCACUGGCACAGUGGGCAGACGGCGCCAUCUCCAAGAGCUUAUUACCAGUUUCGUCGAAAGUGUCGCGCGGAUUUGCCCGGUUGGUGAGGCAACUGAUAUUGUGGUGA